AUGCAACCGCCGUGGCACCAGCUGCACGGCGAGGAUGCCUCCGGCUCGGCCCGUCAUUCAGUCCCUCGGCUGCCGCCGGCGGUGCCCGCCGCUCCCCGGGCCACCCCCGCCGCCGCCGAUCCCGCAGACCGGAGGCGCCGGCGCCCGGAGCGGCACCUGUGGCCGGCGGGGCGCGGCGGCGGGGCCGGCGAGAAGGAGGAGGAGGCGACGCCCGUGACCGUGCUGCUGUGGUGGGAGCCCUUCGGGCGCAGCCGGCGCCUGGGCGACUGCCUGCGCCGCUUCGGCGUGCGCGCCUGCCGCCUCACCACGGACCGCGCGCGCCAGCAGGAGGCGCACGCCGUGCUCUUCCACCACCGCGACCUCGUCCUGCAGGGGCUCGGGCAGCUGCCGCGGCUGCGGCCGCCCGCGCAGCGCUGGGUGUGGAUGAACUUCGAGUCGCCCUCGCACUCGCCGGGGCUGCGCCACCUGGCCGGCCUGUUCAACUGGACCAUGACCUACCGCGCGGACUCGGACGUCUUCGUGCCCUACGGCUACCUGCGGCCCAGCCGCGCCCCGGGGCAGCCGCUGGCGCUGCCCAGGAAGACCAAGCUGGUGGCCUGGGUCAUCAGCAACUGGAACGAGGAGCACGCCCGGGUGCGCUACUACCGCCAGCUGCAGGAGCACCUGCCCAUCGACCUGUACGGGUCGCGGGGCCUGGGGCUGAAGGACGACAGCGUGGUCAAGACCAUCUCGGAGUACAAGUUCUACCUGUCCUUCGAGAACUCGCAGCACCAGGAUUACAUCACCGAGAAGCUCUGGAGGAACGCCUUCAAGGCCUGGGCCGUGCCCAUCGUGCUGGGACCCCCGCGGUCCAACUACGAGCUCUUUGUGCCCGCGGACUCCUUCAUCCACGUCGACGACUUCUCCAGCCCCUCGCAGCUGGCCACGUACCUGAAAUUCCUCGACAAGAACAAGCGCCAGUACCUGCGCUAUUUCUCCUGGAGGAAGCGGUACAGCGUGCAGGAGACGUCUUUCUGGAACGAGCACUGCUGCAGGGUUUGCGAUGCGGUCCGGACUGCGGGGAAGCAGCGCAAGACCAUCCAGAAUUUAGCCAACUGGUUUGAGAGACCGCGCGCAGAUGGCUAG